CGGCGCGCGCCGGCCUCCUCCUCCUCCUCCUCCUCCGCCUCCCGCACUCGAUCAGCCGCCGCCGGCCGGACGGGCGCCGCUCCCGCCGCCUCCGCUCCGCCCGCUCGGCCGCGCCGCCCGCCCCUGCCUGGCAUGUCGGCAGCCGUGGCGUGCGUGGAUUACUUCGCCGCCGACGUGCUCAUGGCCAUCUCCUCAGGCGCCGUGGUGCACCGCGGGCGACCGGGCCCCGAGGGCGCGGGCCCGGCCGCUGGCCUGGAUGUGCGCGCGCCGCGCCGCGAGGCCGCCCCGCCCGGGCCCCCGGGGCCGCCGCCGCCGGCCCCCGUCGUCCCGGGCCCAGGCCCGGGCGCCGCCGCCGCCGCACCCCACCUGCUGGCCGCCAGCAUCCUGGCCGACCUGCGCGGCGGGCCCGGCGCCGCUCCGGGGGGCGCCUCGCCCGCCUCCUCUUCUUCGGCCGCCUCGUCCCCGUCCUCCGGCCGCGCCCCCGGCGCCGCGCCCGCCGCCGCCAAGAGCCACCGCUGUCCCUUCCCGGGCUGCGCCAAGGCGUACUACAAGUCCUCCCACCUCAAGUCGCACCUGCGGACGCACACAGGCAGGAGGAACCGCGCGCUGCCUCCGAGGUGGCCGCGAGGAUUCACCCCAGAGAGCGGCGGAGCGCCUGGUGCAGAGCCAGGUGAGCGCCCCUUCGCUUGCGACUGGCCGGGCUGCGACAAGAAGUUCGCGCGCUCCGACGAGCUGGCCCGCCACCAUCGGACGCACACGGGCGAGAAGCGCUUCCCCUGCCCGCUCUGCUCCAAGCGCUUCACCCGCAGCGACCACCUGACCAAGCACGCGCGCCGCCACCCGGGCUUCCGCCCGGAACUGCUCCGGCGCCCGGGCGCCCGCAGCACCUCGCCCAGCGACUCGCUGCCCUGCAGCCUGGCGGGCAGCCCAGCGCCCAGCCCGGUGCCCAGCCCGGCUCCCGCCGGCCUGUAGAGUCCCAGUCCAGCCGCCCUGAGCGCGCCCCCGCUGGGCCUGGGCAUGGAGUACCAGCAACACGCCUGCUGUCCCGGCCCGGGGCGGGGAACGGACUGACCGCUAGCCCGGCCCCUUCCAGUGUCCCCCUGAGGGCCCCCCAAGAUGCCCUUGCCCCCUCGAGAAAACAAGGAGGGGUCUGAGACUGGACCGGGGUCAUCCGGGCCUUGGAGUUUGCUCUCGGGAGGGGUAGUGGCCCCGUGUCUGUAUAUAGCCAUGAUCGUUAACUCUCUUCCCAGCUGUUAAACAGGGACCCCGGGUGGGUGGCCAGGAGGAGUCCCCCUUCCCCCUUCGCCACCUCCCUGCUUUGAGGGACGUGUGGGCCUUGGGGGGAGGUGGCCCAAGAAAGGCACCCCCUAACCGGUGUUCACACUUGGUCCCCAGGCCCCUCUGUCCAGGUUGGGAUGAAGUGUGCAAAGAGCCAUAGGUGAACCAGGGGUUACCGCGGGCUGCCUCGUGUCCCCCCAUCCCCCGCCCCGGGAGCCCCUCACCCCACCGAAAGCCAUUGGAGACGUUCAGGGAAACGGGGGUGUGGCCCGGCCGCCCCCAUUCGGGUACUCAAUCUCAGGUGUCCACAGGUUCUACCCCACUGCUCAUGGGAGGGGCCCCUCAGCUCCCCAGCCUCGAGGGCUGGGUGGGUGGGGACGGGGGAGGUCGUAGGGUUUCCAUAGGGGUACCGGUUUUGCUUCUGAGACUUGGGGUAGGGAGGGAGAGAAAGGGGGGUUCUUCCAAAGAGCAAUUUGACUCACGGUGGGGGCGGGGUGCGGGGCGCGAAUAUCACCGGAUGGGAGUUACUGCAGGCUUAUUUAUUUUCCUCUGUCUGCUGGCUUGGGGGGCUGCCUUGCCCCUCUGGGUGGGUGUGCGAAUGUGUCAGUGAGAGAGACUGUGGAGAAGCUGGCCCCCAGUUUAGAUGGCUGGCUCCCCUCUCCUGAAGGGGAAGAGUCCCCGACUUUGGCCUUGUGCAGCAUCACGUGACAAUCAAUCCCUCCUAUUUGGGACCAGGCCAGCCUUCGGGCGAAAUGCACCCCUUCCCCGCCCUGCGGACGGGGGUGAGGAGGCCCCGGGCCCUUGCUCCAUCCUGCCCCGGGCAUGGCCACUGGACCAGCGGUUGAGGUCCCGCCCACGCGGGCGGGCGGGCGGGAAGUGGGAGGGCUGACCCCCCGAACCCCCUGGGAGAGCUCGAUUUUUUUGGACCGGGUAGAAUAUUUUUUCAGGCGCCAAUCUCUUCCUUGAUCUGGGCCCCGGUGGGUGGUCUGUUGUCCUCAGGCUUUGUGGGUGUGGGGGGGAGGGCCUGCGUGGUCUGAACUUAGGAUGAGGAAGGACAGAUGUCACGUCCCCUCCUGGUGUCUUCCCACCGUGGCUGCGGUUGGAUUUCAUUUUGGACAGAGGGACUGAAGACCCCGGCCCUGGAAUGGGAAGGGACCCAGGCUCCCUGUCCCAUACCCUGAAAAGGCCUAUCCCGCCUUUGGCUGCACGAGGUCUGUGACACCCCUCUGUGUUCCAGAACCUUCCUGCCUCCCAGUUGGCGGCUGGGGCGUUUGGAUGGCACUAGCGUGGACCGGAACGGCCCUGGCAGGAUCCAGGGACAGGUGCCUGGGGUCCUGGGGAGGGCGGUGGGGCUGCGGAGGAUCUUCCCGCGGUGGUGAGAUGCCUUAGUCCAGGGGGCAGAGGGCGGGCCCGGGCCUUGUUUCCCUUUGUGUCUGUCUGGACGCCCCCCUCAUUGUCCCAGCCCUGGCCGGUGCAUGUCCGCGGGGGUUGGACUGUGGUCUGAGGACCCAGGGAGCUGAGAACUUGUCCCUGCCCCCCCUCCCCCCCCCCCGUGUCCAGGAGUCUGGAGGGACCGAUGGUCAUUGGGGUCUGGCUCCAGCCAUUUUAGCUGUGGCCUCUCGAGGUGUGGGGGGGUAGGGUCCUAAGGGAUUUGUGCUUUCGGGUGACCCCCCCCCUCCCCUUGCCCUGCCUGGCCUCAUCCUGGUAUUUAAUUAAUUAAACAUGUCUUUUUUAAACCCGA